GUAGUCUUGUUUUCCUCCAUGGUCUGCUUGCGUGGUUCCCGCUAUUUUGGUGUUGUGCCGCGAGCCGUUCAGUCGUCUAAUGUCCAUCGCCGUGGGUAAGAGGGCAGUGCAGAGGGCCCCGUCAACGACGUUAGGUACUGCACGCAUCUUCCAGCUGUUUCACCGUGCACCAUCUCUCAUCCUUCGGCUUGGACUUCUAUAAGCAACAGCGAUCAUUUCAGAUGCACUUUUUUAAAUGAAGUGGAGGAGAAUGGUGUAGUACGUGGCCUAUCUUGUUCGAAAUCACAGCCUAUAGAAGUAGUGCAGAAUGAAGAAGCCUUAAUACGAUUAAGUGAAAGAUUUCCGGGCAUGGAAUCAUGUUUUAUAAUGUCACCCAAAAGGAACUGGACAUUUCCCAAUGAUACUGAAGAGUAUGAAAAGGCGUCAUCGCAAGAGAAUGUGGCCUUCUGGGGUAAUUUCACAGCGGGUGACUGCGGCGUUCGUAUAAGAAAUGUCUCGAUGAGUGAUGCUGGGUCUUGGAGCCUAAUUAGUAUACAAACGAAUGGAAACUAUUGUGAAUCUACAGAAGUAAAGUUAAAAUAUAUUGCUCCUGAAGAUAAAAACGUGAAAGUAAGCGCUGGAAGCCGUUUAUCAUGGGAUUCUAUGGUCGAUGGAGCUUCUUACUGCAGCAUAAAGAAGCCAGACGGAACUCCUUAUUAUGAAAUAUUUGCUGGUUACUGCAAAGUGGACAUAGAUACAGCUUAUUAUGGCGACGCUGGUGCAUGGACUGUUUCACUAGGCUUCGAUGGCAAAAUGGAAGAGGUAGAGGUGACAGUAAACGUGGAAAUUGAAGAAUUAUCACUGGAGAGUGGAUUGGUGGUAGAUACAUCAAAUAAUGGUGCUAUAAACUUGUUCUGCAACCUGAAAAGUUCUUUCUAUAGUGUGACUGCAUGUCGUUUCAUAAGACCCGGUGAUAAGGCUGGCUACAGAAUGACAGAAGGGGUUGGAAAUAACAAAUAUGUUUAUUUUGGAGAUGGUAUAAAGAAUAAUGAGUGUGGUAUAACUAUUUUUAAACCUGAAGAUGUAGAUUAUGGAUCUUGGCAAUGCAUGCUCAUCAUCACAUCUAGCCAUGAUGAAAAACUUAUGACAUCCUUUAUUACAGUAGAAAAAGAAAAUUCGACAUCUCCAAAAGGUCUAAAAAAUGUUGCACAUGAUAUAAGGACUAUUACACAUAUUUUUGGAAGGAAUGCAACCAUUUUCUGCAAGGUUGAUAGGAACCUUAGGAGCUGUACACUUCUUUCACCAACUGGAGAACUUUUUACUGGUGAUGUUAGUUAUGUUCAUUCAGGGAAGUGUGUGUCUCCAGUUAUAGAGAUGAAAGAGGAACAUAAUGGUGAAUGGAAAUGUUUCAUGACACUAGACACAGAUAUGCAAGGCAUUACAGAAACAGUUAAUGUUAUUGUCACCACGAAUUUUGUGGCACCUGUGGAGUCAGCAGUGUAUGCACCUCUAGGAGAAAGGGCAGUCAUGUCGUGCAACAGUUUGCUGAAAGAGACAAGUUUUUCAUAUUGUUGGUUUAAAGAUCCUAGUGGCUCAUUGAUUAAUACCAGGGAUGAUCUUUUAGAGACUUACAGUUAUUAUGGAGCUGGUACUGAGUAUGGCGAAUGUGGCAUUGAAAUAAAACAUGUUGGUCCACAACAUAUUGGCUUGUGGAAAUGUAUGGUUGCCCUUGAAGAAGAAGAAUAUGAAGUGAAAGCUGAAAGCAGUAUAAGUCUCAAUGUUUCUGAUUUCAGUACAGGAAUUUUUCCCAGCUACCUAGAAAGUGUAGAGGGGAAUGUGGUGGUACUAAAACUAUUACACUGUAUGGAAAGUGUAAAUAAAUGUGAUCUCAUAACACCCAGUGGGAAUACUGUGGAUCUUCAACCAAAUCAGCAUUUCCAAGUUGAUGCUGAUGUACGGGCAGAGUAUUGUGGAAUAGGACUAGAGUCUGGAGACUGUGGAGUCUGUCUCCAUGGCCUUUCACCAACAGGCACUUUUGAGAUGUGGCAUCUGUCUGCAAAUAGCUCAGAUGGUAAUAGUGCUGAGGGACUUGCUUUUGUUUCUGUGUCAGCUUCCACAGAAAUGAAAAAUGCUUCAAAAGUAGUUGAAGUGCAACUAGGAAGCAACCUAACACUUACCUGUGGAGACAACAUUAGCAAAGAUUAUUGUGUGUUUCAAGGACCAAGGCCAGAAAUUGCAACUGGAAUAUUGACCUCGUGUGAAAUUUUACUGUCUCCAGUAGCAAAACUACAUUUAGGGAUCUGGACUUGUACAAUUGGCCUACCACACACAACAAAAGAAAUACAAGAAGUUAUUACUGUAACCAACUUAGAUCCACAACUCUCAGCAAUGGUCCAAGGUGAUGCCACAGUGUCUGGUAGUGUUAGUAUGCACUGCACCAUUCCCAGGAGCCUCACAUUCUGUCGCUUCAAACCACCUUAUAAUGAUUCAGCAUUUGUACUGUCUCCUGGUGUGAUCACAGGAAACUACAGCUAUGUUGGAGCUGGACUCAAUCAUGGUGAUUGUGGUCUGUAUAUAAAAAGCAUCAGUGAUUUUGACAUUGGCCCUUGGCAAUGUUCAGUGGGUUGGCAAGAAGAGGGCUCCUUACACUAUGCCUCUGUUAUUAUUGGACUGGGAAAUUCUGCCAAUGAAACUGUGUCAGACAACAAAAAAGAAAUUCUGGCUGUUUUUGGUUCAAAACUAGAAGUUAGUUGCCAAGCAAACAUAAGUCUUGCAUAUUGCUGGAUGCGCCACCCCAGUGGAUCCCAGAUAGUGCCUGAGCAGGAGGAUGAUUUACUUUCAGUGGGAAUGUGCAAAAUAUCUGUUGAAUCUACUAAUUAUUCUGACUCUGGUAUCUGGGAGUGUCAUAUGGGAGGCACAUAUUCUGCUGGUGAUGAGAUUGUAAUCUCAAGAUCUGUUUCCAUUUCAGGAACAAGAUUAUCAGCAGAAGAAAACAGUUUGUUAGUCUCCCCAGGAGUUACAGCUUACAUUACAUGCCUCUCAGUACCUCAGGGCUCAAGUCUGUCUUACUGCAGAUUCAUACGGCCAGAUGGUACAAAUAUACCUGCAAUCCCUGGAGUAAUGGAAGAAAAAUAUAUAUAUUAUGGUGAUGGACUGGAAAGUGGCAUAUGUGGUCUGCAGAUCAAUAAUCUACAGAAUGAAGAUAUUGGUAAAUGGACAUGUGCAGCAGAAUUACAAGACGAUAGAUCUGAAGCCACUGACAUCAUACAAAUCAACAUUAGUGAGACAUCUGUUGCUUCUGUGAGCAUUAUAGUUGUAGCUGUAGCUGUCAGUCUAAUUGUGGGGUCUGCUGGGGCUGUAUGGUGUGUAAAAAGACAUUACAAGCGUUCUAAACAGCCUGUGCCUCCCAUUGUUUUCUCAGAACUUAGAGAGUCUGUCUCACAAUCUGAUACAGGCUCAUAUUUAUCCAGCGACAGCAGUUCACAAAGUGAAACACCUAAAAGAAUGAGUUUGACACACAUUUAAUUCAGUGAGUUAGCACAUAACUACAGCUUUGUCAUGCUAUCUAAAUUUUGUACUGAAUACCUCAAUUCCUGUUAAGGAUAUUAUUAUUAUUGUUAUUUUCAGUAUUAUUAUUAUUAUUAUUAUUAUUAUUAUUAUCAUUGGUCAUUCCACAUCCACUUCUGGGUAAAGGUCUUUUCUAGACUUUUCAUGUCUUACAGCCUUCAGCAUUAUUAUUAUGCAAUUCUUCCUGUGUCCAAAUUAACAGAGUUUAUAUUUUUCUUAAAAAUAUGUGCUGCUUGUCUUUAAAUAAUUGUGGCUCCAAAUUGAACCAAAUCAUAACAUCUCCAUUAUUUAUUUAUUUAUUUUAUAUAAAAGAAAGGUAUAUAAUAAGAGAGUUUAAACUUAAACAUAAACAUGUAUAUGUACUGUAAUUGUAGGAUUGAAUAUCAUGUCACAGUAUUAUGUGCAAAAGCACCACAAACAUACUUGCAUUUUAUGGUGAAAAUAUGUGAAAAUUAUUGAAUCUAGAAGUAAUUUUAGUACUGUACAUUGAUUCUCAUAACAAGUAAUUUUUAUUAUCAGUUAUUGUAAAUAAGAAAAAAAGAACAAUAAAAGUAACUGAUUUUCAAAUUA